GGGAGCGCCUGUCCCCGCACCGCCACGCACCGCACAGCGCCGGCGCGGAGGAUGCGGCGGGAGGGCGGGCCCCGCGCCGGGACGCGCCGUCGCUGAGGCUCGCCGAGGAUGAGGCUGCCCCUGGUACUGCUGGCCCUGGCCGCCCUGGGGGCCGCCGCCGGCGGCGCGGAGCGGGAGGAGGCGCGGGCGGGGCGGUUCUCCACGCCGGAGCAGCAGCGCUGCCGCUGGGAGCUGCGCUCGGCGGCGGGGGCCAGCGAGCUGCGGCUGAGCUGCCGGGCGGCGGGCGGCGGCGCGGCGCGGACCUGCGCCUACCGCGGGGAGCCGCGGCGCUGCCCGGCCUUCGGCGCCCGCAGCCGGCAGUACUGGCGGCAGAUCCUGUCCCGGCUGCGGCGGCGGCCGCACCCCUGCGCCCCCGGAGCGCCGCUCAGCGCCCGCCUCUGCGGCCCGGGCCGUGCGCCGCCCGAGGCGCAGCUGCGCCUGCUGCCCGACCCCGGCCCGGCCACGCCGGCCCCCGGCCCGCAGCCCUCCGAGGACCCGGCGCAGACCUACUGCGCCGAGCGGUGGCACUCGCUGUGCAGCUUCUUCGUCGGCUUCUGGGAGGGCUGAGCCGCUCCGGCCCCCGGGAGGGAGCGCGGCCGCCCGGCCUCCGCACCCGGACGCUCCCGGGCUCGCCUGCCCUCGGCCCCCGCCGCCUAUGCCCCCCGACUCUGUCCGCUCUCCUCUUCUACUCCCCAAUA